AUGGCACCUACCACCGUACCCGCACCAGCCAAAUCGGGUGGUCAAAAAGUGUCUUUGGCAUGCGAUUUCUGCAGAGCUCGCAAGCGAAAGUGUGAUGGGGUACGUCCAGUCUGUGGGCACUGCCGGUUGACCAAAAAUACCUGCACAUUCAAUGUACAUGCGGACAAGAGAAAGCCGCCCUCGAAAACCUAUGUAUCAGCCUUGGAAGCCCGUGUUAGGACACUCGAAGCGUUGCUUCAGGCAUCGGCCUUGGAGAUCCCACCAGCUGACUUUGAGAUCCACCACACAGCAGAGAACGAACCCGAACUCUCUGUUCGACCCGAUCCUGCUAAUCCUCGGCCCGUAAAGCCACUCGACCCACGCGCCGAUCUUGAACGUUUACCGGAAGAAAGCGGCGCGACCGCGGCUGCGCUUGCAGAUAUCGGCAAGCUUCGUCUCGAAGUCGAAAAGACCGAAGGUGAAGCAAAUACUGGCGAAGCUACCAAUUUCACGUAUUUCGGCGCGACAUCAAGUCGAUUCCUGUCGAGUAUUGGUGACAUUCAGGCUGGUGAUCCAACAGAUGCACUCCCACGAGACCAAGGCUACACAAAAUGCUACCCAGAUAGCAAUGACGAAAUGACAUUCAAAACAUAUUGGGAGUGGCAGCGUAUUCAUUUCCCGAUCGUCGAUCCCGAGACAUUUUACGCCGAUUACAACGCCGGGAAGCGCAAUUCUGAGUUUGUGUCUCCAAUGCUGUUGGAUAUCAUCUAUGCCGUCGGAGAGAAUUUUGGACCUACGAGAAGCAUCGAGCGCAGUCAGACGUAUUUGAAGCGCGCAGAAGCAGCAAUUAUGAUCGAGAUUGGGACGCCGAGAAUUGCAACGAUUCAGUCCAUCGUUAUGAUGUCCAUGUUCCAGAUGGGUAAUGGUAAGAUCCCGGUUGCGUGGAUUCUAAAUGGAAUGUCUGUGGCAUUGUCAACUCGCCUCGGAUUGCACAUCGACUCUUCUGGGCUUGUAGCACAAAGAGUCAUGUCACAAGUUACCCACCAGGCCCGAAAGGACUCAUUUUGGGCUGUCUUUGUUGUCGACAGAUUGCACUCUACAAUUAUGGGAGUCCAUCCAUUGCAUAGCCGGCGCUCGAUCUCGACCCACCGUCCAGCCGAUCCUAACCGCAGUCCAUUCUUACCACCCAAUAUCGAAUUAGCAGGAGUUGCUCCAGCUCCAUCUACGACUCCCAAAACACAGGAACUUCCGGCUGCAUGCUGGAACACACUACGCGAUUUGAUCGAUAUUGUUGACUAUAUGCUGGGGGAUAUCUACUCGUUCGAUGCCCCUAAGCGCACUGCAGCACAAGAUUAUGAUUUACCCGUUACGCGUCACGGCCGCACUUCGGGGCAAGAACCUUGUCUCGCCUUCUUACACGUAUACGUCAAUUUGUUCAUCCUCUUGCUUAAUCGUCCGUUCGUCGGCCCACGGCCGCCAACAAACGCAAACGAAUCUGAACAACAACUUGAACGACGAUGCCGAUCACUCGCAUUCGCCCACUGCCGCAAAUCUGCUCUCCGAAUCAUGGAACUGAUCCGACAUCUUCCACGUGCAUCGCCGUGCUUUACGACGCCCUAUUUUAUCUUCUCCGCGUCAACUGUGUUAUUGCUAUCUCCUAACGAUACACAAGCACUCCGUGGCGUUCAAGUCGGCUUGAAAUGUCUUGAGGAUCUUGAAGCUGAUAAAUAUUGGGUUGAUGCGGUGGUGGAUGCUCGUGCAAGGAUAUUAGCACUCGCCCAGCGAUGGGGUGCUACCCUCUUGUUCGAGAAUCUUGGAGCACCAAGUUCAAGUGCUACGCCCGACGUUAGUUCCCCGGAUACAAGCGCGAGGGAUCCGACUCCUCCUAGACCACCACUCGAGCCUGAACUUUCUGGUUCCGAUCCCAACUUUUUGGAGCCUGGACCAAUAUCAUCCAUCGAUACGAACUUGCACUACAACCCCCCAACUUCGUGGGGCGGUGCGACCUUCUCAUCUACAGAUCCGACACUCUUUGCGGAACGGGUCGUCGAGUUGGAUGCAAUGUAUAUAGACUCGCUCCCCGAGGCCGCGGAGAUCAUUCCAUGGGCAGGAGCGGUCGAGCCUUCGUGGGGUACGAUGGGCACGCACAAUUCCCCCGAGUACACGAUGCCUGGAUGGGAGUUUACGAUGACCACUGGGAUUACAGCAGGGAAUGGCCAGGGAUAUAUGCCCUACCAGCACCCCUACGGGACCGAUUGGGUCGGAGCACAAUAA